AUGAUAAAAGAAACGAGGAAGAGAAACGAGGAAGAGAAACGAUUGAAGAGAAACGAUGAAGAGAAACGACGAAGAGACACAAGGAAGAGAGAAAGAGAGCAAGGUGGAAGAGAACGAGGAAGAGAAACGAUGAAGAGAAACGAUGAAGAGAAACGACGAAGAGACACAAGGAAGAGAGAAAGAGAGCAAGGUGGAAGAGAAACGAGGAAGAGAAAUGAGAAAAAAGAAAAGAAAAGAAAAGAGUUACCGGUAGAUAAAUAUAAAUAUAAAUAUAAAUAG